AUGAGGAGCGCAGGGAGCCAGGGGGAGCGGGGGCCGGAGAGCAGGGGGGACCACUCGCAGCGGCGGACCCGGGGGCUGGAGGAGCGGGCUUUCCACUCGCAUUUGCCACGAUCCUCGCCAACCGGGAAGACAUCGACGCCACGCUGCGAGACCGCCACGCUGCGAGACCAGCGCCCGCCGGAGCAACGCCCUGGCCUUCCGCUCUGCCAGGCCAGCGACGUUUGUAUUCCGAAGAGCUACAAAGAGGCCGUAGCCUCGGAGCACCGGCACCUGUGGAGCGACUCUAUGCAAAGGGAGUUUUAUGGCUUGUUGGAAGCGGGGACUUUUGCUCCGGCGAAGAUGUUGGCUGCUUUGGCGUGCGAGUUGAACCUCGACUUGUGUCAUUUCGAUAUUGAGCAAGCUAUUGUGCGUUCGGAGUUGGAGGAAGACGUGUACAUGCGUUUGCCGCAGGGAUGUGGAGCUCUAUCUGGAAUGAUUGUAAAACUAGGCCAGAGUCUGUAUGGCUUGAGACAGGCAUCAAGGCAGUGGCAUGCAAUGCUGAAGAGAAGUUUGGUGGCGUUGAUGAUUUCUCAGCAGACUUUCACGGAUGAGCUAGUAGCAGAGUAUGGAGUAGUGGGAGCGAUGGAUAUUUUAGGGUAUGCGAGGAGGACGAGUCACUUCGGUAUUUCGUUUCAGAGAGGUACAGUAGAGGGUUUCAGUUUGCAGGGGUACGCUGAUGCGGACUUCGCACGCAAGGCAGCAGACCGUGGGUCGGUAUCAGGGGGGAUCGUCACGUGUGAAGGAGGUGCCGUGUCUUGGUUUUCCAGAACGCAGAAGUGUGUUACGCUUUCGACGACAGAAGCAGAGUACGUCGCGCUUGGUCACGUAGUGAAGGAGAUCUUGUUUUUGGGCAAAUUUGGCGUUUACAUGUUGCCGCAGGUCGGCAUGCCGUGCAUCCCAGUCUUCGAGGACAACCAGGGGGCGAUUCAACUAGCGCAGAACCCCAUCUCAAACUCGAACUCGAAGGACAUAGAUGUAAGGCACCAUUUUCUCUGGGAACUGGUAGAGAGAGGAAGGAAAUUUCGGUGA